AAUGGGUAUGUAGACCCCCACACCCCAAACAAACAUAUGUUUCAAUGUUUCAAUCCCACAUCGCUUAGCAACCAUAGUAUUUCUUUCUUCAUAUGCAACAUCAUAAUGGAAACAUAAGCCGAGCUCUGUAACGUGGGCUUGUGACCCAAAGUGGGGGCAUUAAGGUGGCUUGAAGAGUUAAGAGGGUACUCUACUGAAGAGGAAGCGUACGCAAUACAUAUGGGCCACGGUUAGGGAUUUGGAUUAGGUUACGAGUUUCUAACUCUUGGACCCGGUGCUGGCUUAUCAGAGCAGUGAUGUAUUCGACAAACGCGUUCCUCUCAGGUCCACUCUCAAUUUCCACUUCCACCUUUUUGCCCAUGAAAGAUUAAUCAGACAAUCAAUGCAGCCCUGCUGAAGCUGACUCUCAGGCAAACUCAGUGAGUCAAUUAUGUUUGGUUUUCUCUCUUCAAGACAGCUACUUUUUGUUACAAAUAGGAGGAGGACCCAGUUGGGUCUUCUUCAGAAAAAUGCUUUCUUUAUCAUCCAAUCAUUUACAUCAGUAGGUUGUUUAUCUGAAUCAGAGUUUGAAAAUGAACCAGAAAGAAAUCAUUUUACAGUGUCUUAUCUCGUAAAAUCAUGUGGGUUGUCAUCAAAAUCAGCUCUAUUAGCAUCCAACAAGGUACACUUUCAAAACCCAGAUAGGCCAGACUCAGUGCUUAGUCUUCUCAAAGAGAAUGGAUUCGACAAUACCCAAAUCACCAAAAUUAUUAGGAGUCGCCCAACUUUGCUUUUAGCAGAUCCUGAGAAUACCCUUUUGCCAAAGAUUCAGUUUUUCCGUUCUAUAGGGGUUUCAGGCUCUGACCUCCCUAGAAUCCUCACUAUAAGCCCUGACCUACUGCGAAGGAGCUUGACUAAUCACCUAAUUCCAUGCUAUGAUUUCCUUAAAAGUGUGCUUCUUGAGAAUGAGAAAGUCAUUACCACUAUGAAGCGCUCACAGCGUGCUUUUCUAUGUGAUGUAACCAAUGUUAUGGCUCCAAAUGUUGCUCUUUUGAGAGAACUUGGAGCACCUCAAUCUGCCAUCUCUCUUUUGGUGACUCAUUCUCCGAGUAUGGCAUUCAUUACACAUGCGAAGUUUGUUAAGGCCGUCCAGGAGGUUAAGGAAUUGGGCUUUGAUCCUUCAAAAGCAUUGUUUGUGCAGGCAAUCCAAGCGGUUUUGAAAUUGAAAAAACCAAUGUGGGAAUCUAAAUUUGAGAUUUUUAGGAGGUGGGGUUGGUCUGAAGCGGACACUCUCUUAGCAUUUAAAAAGCAUCCAAUUUGUAUGCUUUUAUCAGAGGAGAAGAUCACAAAAGCAAUGGAAUUCCUUGUGAGCAAAUUGGGUUUCUCAUCAAAAAGUAUUGCUAAAAAUCCUGUGGUUCUGAAUUUAAGCUUGGAGAAGAGGAUUAUCCCUAGGUGUUCAGUUGUUCAAAUUUUGUUAGCCAAGGAUUUGGUCAAGAAUGACUUAAGCUUAGCAACUUUCUUACUACCUACUGAGAAGUAUUUUUUGGAGAAGUUUGUGAUCAGAUUUCAGGAUAAUGUUCCUCAAUUGUUGAGUGUGUAUCAAAAUAAGAUGGAGCUUCUGGAUGUAGAAAUUCAAUCUGAGAAGGCUCUAGGAAAGGUGAUACCCACGAGACAUGGCUUAAGUGGAGAGCAGUUGCCAUUACAACAAAGUCUGACUUCAGGAUCGAGCUAAAAAGCAGUGGCGUAUUGGACACGAGUUACUACCUACUGAGAAGCGUUUUCUGGAGAAGUUUGUGAUCAGAUUUCAGGAUGAUGUUCCUCAAUUGUUGAGUGUGUAUCAAAAUAAGAUGGAUCUUCUGGAUGUACAAUUUCAAUCUGAGGAGUGAGUGGAAUUGGUGUUAACUGGGGGACACAGGCAACGCACCCUUUGCCGCCUGCAAUUGUGGUGAAGAUGCUAAGGGACAAUGGGAUUCAACAGGUUAAGCUUUUUGAUGCUGAUUCCACAACUUUGAAUGCACUGAAAAAUUCAGGGAUUCAAGUCAUGGUGGGUAUUCCUAAUGACAUGCUUUAUACUUUGGCUAAUAGUGUUCAAGCAGCUGAGAAAUGGGUUGCUAAGAAUGUGUCAGCACAUAUCUCUUCCAAUGGUGUAGACAUCAGGUAUGUUGCAGUUGGGAAUGAACCAUUCUUGACAACGUAUAACGGAAGCUUUGAAGCAAUUACUCUUCCCGCUCUUCAAAAUAUCCAGUCAGCACUUACAAAAGCCGGUUUGAGCAGUCAGGUUAAAGUCACUGUCCCCCUAAAUGCUGAUGUAUACGAGAGUCCAAAUACUUUGCCUUCUUCUGGUAACUUCCGUGCAAACAUCCAGGCCCUCAUGGUACAAAUUGUUCAGUUCUUGAAUGCUAAUGGAGCUCCUUUUACUGUCAACAUCUACCCCUUUAUCAGCCUUUAUGAUGACCCCAGUUUCCCCCCUGACUACGCCUUCUUUAAUGGCUAUUCAUCUCCCUUAAAUGAUAAUGGAAGAAUCUAUCAGGACAUGUUUAGCGCAAACUAUGAUACCCUUGUAUGGGCCUUACAGACUAAUGGCUAUGGAAACAUGUCCAUAAUUGUUGGAGAAAUCGGGUGGCCGACUGAUGGAGAUAUAAAUGCAAACUUACAGAAUGCUCAGAGGUUCAGCCAAGGUUUCAUGUCUCGCUAUCUGGCAGGGCAGGGGACCCCAAUGAGAUCUGGUCCCUUGGAUGCUUACUUAUUCAGCCUUAUAGAUGAAGAUGCCAAAAGUAUUCAGCCAGGUAAUUUUGAACGGCAUUGGGGGAUGUUUUACAUUGAUGGAACACCCAAAUACCAGCUAAGCAUUACAGCAAACUCGAACGGUUUGGUAGCAGCAAGUAAUGUACCAUAUCUGGCUCAACAAUGGUGUGUUAUGUCACCCUCAGCUAGUCUUGAUGAUCCACAAGUCGGACCAACUGUCAGCUAUGCUUGUGCAAAUGCUGAUUGCACUAGUCUUGGAUAUGGGACUUCAUGUGGAAGUUUGGAUGCUAGGGGGAAUAUCUCCUAUGCAUUUAACAGUUACUAUCAGAUACAAAAUCAGCUUGCAAGUGCUUGUCGGUUCUCAAACCUUUCAGUUGUCACAACUACAGACCCAUCAACUGGAGAUUGCAAAUUUAGGAUCAUGAUCAAUGUGCCUACGGCACUGCAGAGUACUAGUAGUAGUGUUGGAUCACUUAAACAACCUGUUGGUUUAUUGCUGUUUUUAUCUUUGUUAAUCCUUUCAAUUCUGUGAUUUUGCUGCUAAGGUACAUUACUUGCUUCAUAUUUUUGCUUGUAUAUGUAGACAAUAUAUCAAAUAUUAAACUUUCAUAACUUAAUGGUUAGGGAGGUGGAUUUUCACAUACAGAGACACAAAACUGCUUUUGAUAAUUGUCAACCAGAUUGGAUACAUGUGAG